ACACGACAGUACAGUGUCUGCGGCUGCCCCUGUGGCAUUCUCAGCCACCAGCCAUGCGUUCUAGAACUAUUGUCUCCCUGUUUCUUCUCGGCAUCUUCGUUCUGUCCAUCGUCGCCGCGGUGGCCAUUUUGUUCGGACCAACGCUAUGGUUCGCCAGUUCUCCAGCCAAGUGCGACAAGGCGGCAAAAAUGAAACUGCCGUCGCCGCAUACCGACGCCAUGGGCGUCGCGCCGAAGGACGAAGGCGCCGCAAACCCGGUUUCGUCACCGUUCCGUCACAUGGCGCGUCCCGACGUCGUCACCGACACGGGCGUGACCCUGGCCCAGCCCCGUCACGUCGCGAAGCCGACCCGUUUUCACGUCGUCCUCCUCAUGCUCGGUCUGUUGGUGUUGUGGGUGCUGCGUACCACCGGACUCCUGCUACCGGGGCUGGCAGCCGUGGCGGCCCUGGGAGCCCUCAUGGUGCCCCUGGGCCAGCGACAGGCGUCCACGGAGACCGGAGGAGGGCCGUCUUGCGGUCUCAGCGCCAUCUGCCGCUUCACCGAGACGGCUCGUAACAACGUGCACCUGCGCAUGGAACUGGCCGGCCUGCCGGCCCCGUACAUGAAACACGUUGGCCGCAUCUUCGCCCUACUGGAGAACGUCAACUGCGACCGCAUCGAGCAGACUUGCAGUCGCGUGUCCUUCUCAGACUUUCUUCCUUUCUGAGGAGACCAAGGUCCUCGAAACGGCGCCUGGUUAGAGGCGAACCGUCUCAAGUGUGAGUGACAAAGGACAUUACACUUACCUGCAUGCAUAACUUGGACUGGCACAAUCCAAGAUUAAGCCUCAUCUGCAUUUGUAUAAAAAAUAGAACCAGCACCAACCCUCAUCUUCAUUUGCAAUAAAAAAAAAAACAUUGUCCGAU